AAACAUAAACAUACCUUUAACUAUUGUUUUAAGGUAAGACUUGAAAGCUUCCUAACUUGUAUUUAUCCUUUAAAUAGCAGCUGAAGGAAGGACAAUCAAAUCAGAUGUUUUCUCAGUUGUUCUUAUCCCAUAUUUAAUCCUUAUUAGCCCCUCCCUGCAUAGCACAGGGCUGUCCCUUUUGCUAACCAUGGCGAGCAUAUCAGCCGUCUUCUUGUGAUUAACGGAGUGACGCAGUGAGAGAUAUUAAAAGAUAGUUAGUAAAGCGGAGCAGGCAAGCUGUUCUAAACUUAGUGUAACCUGAAGCAAGCCAUGAGGUAUCCUCUGGUUCCAUUGGUGAAUGAGCUGACCUUUCCUCUUCUUUUCUUCUGGUUUUGUUUGCCAUUUGUAAUACUGUUGAUCAUAAUGAUUAUCUGGCUACAGCUUCUACUUAAUGAAGCACAGAUGCCCAGCGCAGAAGAAAUAAGAAACCAAUCUUCUGAUGAACCUGACUCUAAAUUUGAGGAUGAACCAACAGAGGAAGAAAGCCAGAAUGAUGCAUCCCAUACGGAGAUGCAAGAGGAGAUGCAAACUAGCGGAUCUGUGGGAAAACCAAUGCCCAAACCUGCUUAUACAAGUUCAAAUCUAAAAAGUAAAAAGCAAGAUAAUUUUUCUGUAAUCUCAGACAGCUCAUCUCAGAACCAGAAGACGAGACAUUCCCAUGCUGAGAAGAGCAAUUUAUGUAACAUGAUGCUGUUGUGCACCACGAUAUCUUCUCUCAUCUGGAACUUUGUCUGCCAGUUGCUCCAGAUCUCUAAUGUCCUGAGGAUUCAACUGCUGCCAUCCUCUCUGAUUGUUUACAUGGCUCAGCUGUUUGUUUUGCUGGGUGGAAAAGUUGUGAAAAUCCUGGGUUCCCUGAGGCUGGAGAGCAGAGGGCUGUUGACCUCAGUCUUGGGGAGGAAGCUGGAGCAGAGCGAUGAAGCUCAGAGAACAACCUUGGGGUAGGAAUAAAGCAGGUAGUCCCACAACCAUUAGCAACAAUCCUACUCAGCAUCAGCAAGAGCUACUGCAGCAUGGCAGAGAGGUUACUUCUCUGAAAAGGACACUCAAGACUAAGGCAAUGUGCACUUGGGUCACACCAGCCACGUUCAGAGUGAACAGUAUUGACUGGCUGGUUGUUAAAUGGAUGACAGCAGCCAGCCUCUUGUCCAGCGCUUGGGUGUCUACUCUGCUCCCCUCUCAAUUUACGGAUGAAUUGGUUCCUUUUUUAUAAGGAUGAAGCACUACACUGACACCAGUGAUAAUCUCUGUUCACCACUACUACUCUCUGAUUUCAAACAAGAUCAAGGCCAUAGCUCUCAGUAGUGGUUGUUACUGGAGCUUAAAUGCAGUACAGCCCAGUGAUUAUUUUAUCCAUAUGCAAUUAGCACUCUUCUGAUCUCCAGCUUGUCAGUUCUCAACGUAAAGGAAACAAUUUUUCAACACUUGGGUCUAACAAACAAAACAAGCCUACCUCCCAUUAACAACAAAUAAUUAAGCCCUCAGAAGAUACUGAGCGUGCAUUUCCUUAAAUUUUGUUCAGGAUAUGCUUUUUCAGCACUGCUGACAGGCUGAUGUAAGGUUACAGCCCACUGACAGCUUGAUUUAACCAGUUGCUGAGACUAGGAUGAGCCAUAAUUUUGUGGCCUAAGGGUUUAUCCAGUCUUUGGGCUGUGAACGGAACAGCUGUUUGCUCCUGUUGUUCAUGCACACAGUCAACAACCUCUCUUUUUUUAAAGAGGACCUGAAUUAGGAGGUCACAUCCCAAAGAGCACGUUGCUGUUUGAGAAAAAUGUCGCUGUGUCUUCCCCGGAGUCCCGUGUGGGCAGCCUGUGUGACAGUUACACUCGCCCACAUGCCCACAUUCAUUAUGAAGUUUGUUUUAUGUUUGCUAGUCUUUCCCUCUCCAUCCCCUGAACUCUACACGUCCAAAUAUUUGUCCAGAGCAGUACUCUUAAAUAAAACUCGUUUGUCCACGU